AUGGAAAAAACUUUUGAUCGCUCUAAAACAAUAAAAUAUUUUAAAAGAUGUUUAGACUUAUUACCAAAUAAUUAUACAAAUCUUUUGGGUGUUCUUGAAACUGAAAUUCCUAAAGAACGAAGAGACAAAUGGGUCAAUUGGAUAUAUGCACAACAAAUUUUACCUGAUGAAAAUAAUCCAGGUUCUCCAUUCUCAGGAUUACCAUUUAAUCCUAAUGGGAGUCGCAUCUCAAAAUUACCUUUCGAUGCUGCAAAUUUAGCAAUGACAUAUACUGCUUUGGCUUGUUUACUUAUUCUGGGAGAUGACUUGUCGCGCGUAGAUCGUCACGCAAUUAUUAAUGCAUUGAAAUAUCUUCAAAAAGAAAAUGGAAGUGGAAUUAAUGUAGAAAAGGCGGUAGAUUAUAUUAGAAAAAGCCAGUCUUAUGAUUAUGGAGUUGGUCAAGGACCUGGAGAGGAAUCACAUGGCAAUUCUCUUUAUCUUCUUAAUCGACUUGAUGAAGGUCUCUUAUCAAAAAAUCAGACUAUAUUUUGGCUUCUUUCACGACAGACUACUGGAUUUCAAGGACGAGCUAAUAAACCACCUGAUACUUGUUAUUCAUUUUGGAUAGGAGCAUCACUAAAGAUUUUAGAUUCAUUUGAAUUUAUUGAUUUUAAACAAAAUUUUGAUUUUCUAAUGGAAACUCAAACAAAAUAUGGUGGUUUUUCAAAAUGGCCAGAAUAUCCUGCUGAUGUAAUGCAUGCUUACAUGGGUGUUGCUGGUCUUUCAUUAAUGAAAGUUCCUGAAUUACAAGAAUUAGAUCCAGCUUUAAAUAUAUCUUUAAGUGCCAAAGAAAGACUAAAGACUAGUGUAAUAUUUAACAAUAAUUAA